AUGUUGAGUCGCGAUGAAAUCAUUGCGACACUUGGAAGAACUUUUAUCUCCGGUUUUGCCACCUCCAAUAUCACCUUCUCCUUGUUUACAACAGCUAUGUCGGAGUUCCCAACAUUGACACUAGAAGAAUUUCAAAAUGCUAUUAAGGAUGUUUCGCAGUUUGAAUUGGAGUCCAAGAAAGACCAGCAGCGACAUUUUAUUUUCAAAUUGAUCGAGACGAAUAAUGAGUUACUUGACGAACUACACGCAGAUGGGAUAUCAUCAGAGGACAAGAAAUUGUACACCGAAACGAUUGAUGAAAAUAAGUUGAGCUUGCUUGGACAAUUCGGCAGAGUGGAAAGCAUAAAUCUGGAGUUGGUUGAAAGGGGAUUGAUGAGCGUUGAGAACAAGGAGAAGGAAGAGCAAAACUUACUUGACGAUAUAAACAAGCUUGAUAAGAGCGUUCAAAAAGAGGAGAAGUCGGAGCAAUUGGAAGAGAAUGAGGAGACAGGCGUGAUGCUAUGA